AUGUCAGGAGUCACCUCGGGAGUUGCGGGUGGCGAAAACCCUUCUUUUUCGCUGGAUGUCAUUGCCGUCAUCGCCGCCAUGAUGCAGUCGGCGACGGUGGAGGAGGUGCGAGAGGCGUUGCGGCGGGUGGGCGACGUCGGCUUCCGAUGUUUUUUGACGGAUCGCGCGGGCUCGGAGAAGGAUGCGGACGGGGAGGAACCCCCGCUGUCCCGCGGCGAUAGCAGCAGUCAAGUGACAAAGCCACAUCUGGCGGUGUGUGAGUUUGUGGAGCAUAACGCGGGGGUUGGCGUGGCGGCGGGGCAUCGUGUAGUGGCAACGCGUGACUUGUCAGCUGUCUUGCAGCGACCCGCGGAGGCUCCUCUCGGGCUCGCUUCUUCACCCACGGCCAGCAUCGACCGAGCAGCAAGCGCCACGGGCUCCUCACCAUCCACUUUGGUGUGCUGUGUUCUCAUCUUACUGCGUCAUCCCGCCGGUGGAUUGGAGGCAGUGUCGGAAAGAGGACCUCUGACGCUGCGGAAUCUGAGCAUCCAGGCAGUAGAUAUGCGACGGCCACUAGAAAGCUUGCAGACGCUUUUGCAGACCGUCUAUGAACCGCUUCUACGAUCCCAGCAUGAGGUCAAGCUGCGGUCGCAGUUGCAAGACUUUCUGAGUUCUGUCCGCUCUCACUGCCAGGUCUUUGCCGAGGUGGACUUGAAACUAUUUGUGCAUGCCGAACUUCUUGAGCUUUGUGCAGCGCACCCGGAAGCGGACGUUGAGCAGCUGGUGGAGAUUCUUGGUUUUGAGAAGUGCACCAAUACUGUGUUUCUGCGCCAAGUCAUGACUCUUUGCGGUCAGUGCCGCAGCGUUCUGGACACCAAGUUUGAGGGUAGGGAUAUUGUGAGUGCACGUGAUGAGGUGGCGUACUGGCAGGCCGUGCUGCGUUGGGUAGAGCAGGUGCAAAAGCAGCUGCACUGUCGCGAGUGGCAGUUGGUGCACCGUCUACUUGGCAAUCGUGUGGAAACGAGCUAUGAGGUGGAAUUUAAGAUGCAUGCGAAACUUGUGCGUGAUUACUUGGAUCACCUGAAGAGUGUGCCAUUCCAGCAGAUUGACGAGGUAGAAGGGGAAAACUACGCGGCGUUGGUGGAAGAGCUGUUCUCCGCGAUGGUGCGCCCGACAACAUAUCCGGCCUCGCAGAGUGUUCGCCUGCUGGAAAGUAUUGUGCGGGAGUUGGCGGAGCGCUUUUUGGUGCUUGUGUCUAGAAAUGAUGUGUUGCGCAUGGAAACGCCGGAGGCACAGCUGCAGUUCCUGCGACGCCACAUUCAGGUGCUUCAGGAUAUGCACCAACGCUACAUGCAGACAAUGGAGUUAUUUCAGUCCGAAAUUCACAUGCCGUCACCGCCAUCACCCACGCGGGGCGGCACGCAGCAGCAGAAGCAGAAGUACCACGCCCUGGUCCUUUCACGCGCGCGGCAGCUGUGGAGAUUUGUGAAUGAGCACUUUCACUACGAGCGUGCCGUCAAACGGACCUUUGCUGACGGCAGCCUGGAGGCGGGCAUGACGUGCUCAUUCCAUGCGGAACUCACAGACGCGUAUGACUGCUUUGCCACCGCAACAGGGGCAACUGGAAGAUUGUGGGAUGUGACUCCAGCGGGGACUUCCGAGUUUCAUCGUGCGCUGGCAGCUUACAAGCGACGGCUGGCAAAAAUCGACGAGCGUCUCGCACUCCUUGUUGGCACCAUGCUGGCAACGGCGCAGGAGAUGAGUAGUAGUGGCCUCUCUCUGGCAUCCGCCUCCUAUUCCUCUGAAUCAGCAGUCGCAGUGGGGACACUAUCAGGGUAUGCGGCUAAUACAAGCUGUGGCCCAUCGCUUUACCGCAUUUACUCCCGUUUCCGUCCACUACGGCGUGAAAAGGUGCAGGCUGUUGUUGCUGGGUUUCAGAUGGCCCUACUAGAGCAAAUCAACCGCGAGAUGAAAAACGUUCGAGAGCGUUAUUUUGACGCGGAGAGUUGCCGCGACGCCGUACGAAUAACCGUCGCCCGCUUCGGUGUGACGCCCGUUGUUGCUCGCAUGCUCUGGGAGAGAUCUGUGCAGCGGGAGAUUGAGACUUAUCUUGUGCGUCGAGAUGCCAUAUAUGAGCAUGGGUGGCAUCAGUUGCUGAACCUUCGCACCAUUGAGCACUGUUGGUACCUCGAUGAGUCCCUCGCACAGUUCCUUGGCGCCCCGCUAGAUGACCUUAUGACGAAGGAGCUUGGCGGUGAUCCCGAGGUGUACGGCACGGCAUAUGCCUUGGCGUAUCUUGACGCUGUUUACGGAAAGGAUAAGCCAGAGUGGUCCGCUGACCCAUACAUCCACGACGCACAAAAUUUUGUGCAGGAGAGUGACGCACACGCGAUUAGCCGCGCCAAGUCACGUCUUGUGAUUCUUCGUGUGGGGAGCGGCCGCGGAGUGGAACAAAGUGAAGUACGAGAUGUGCGCAAUUUUUGCGAUAUCAUUUCACAAAGACUUCAAGAACGCGUCGUGCAGUGGUGUGAAGAUGUGCUACGACGCAUCGCUGCACUGGACUUGUCCCCUGGCACGAUGACGAUGAAAGGCCCUCUUUGGCAUCUUGUCGAGCUAUCGGGCAGGAAGGGCUGUGGUAAUAUUUGUAUAAGUGGCAGUGUAAACAGCAAUAAUGGGAGGAGCACUGCUGUUGGUUUGAGACGUGUUGUUAUGCCGCAUAUUCCCCGUAACAUGUCUUCACUUCUGCGGGAUCUGCACGUGCUAGAUGGCAUGCAACUGCUUGAGAGCCAUGUUCAGCUUGUGGCCGACGUGCGAUCUUUUUUCACAAAUAACGAAGAACGUUUCCGCAUUGCGAACUGUCUAUCCGAGCUUAUUUGUGCCUUUGAGAGGGCACUCAACGGCGAGGAUGAACUGAUGGUCAACCUCGCAACCGAAGAAUAUGCCAGCGUGCAUAAAUCCUUUCUUGAUGGGGCUCAGCUGAGCUGGUCCGAUGAAGGAAUGUUGCAGCAAUUUGCGCAGGAGCUCUCAGAACGCGUCUAUGCCUUCUGUGCAGCCGUGGCUCAAGUACGUGGAGUCACCGCCGACAUGGAGCGCGGAAUUACCCAGCUGCGCAGUCAUGCCGUCCAAAAGGCAGAGGCGGUGGUGGGGCGCGUAGAGGAGAUGCACGCCCUCGUCAAUUCUCUUUACGCGAAUUGUGCCAAUGCAUGCUGGUGGGUGCGACGUGUGCAGCCUUGCCUUGACGCUGCACUUGUCUGGCAACUGGAACAACAUCUUCGCCGUUGGACGAAUGAGUUUCUGUCGAUGAGUCGCGACCCUCGAUUUCUUGACAAGAACGCAGAGACGGAGGAGUUUGGUCUGCGGCCGCUGCGGGUGCGCAUGCGGGUGGUUUUCAAGGAGAUUUCGCUGUCGUUACCGGUUGCGGCGUGUCGCCACCACUGGGUGAAUGAGCUGAACCGCUCCUUUGCGUGGGUUCACACUCUGUCAACGCUGCGGCAGGAAUCCCCGCACCAUCACCACCACCACCACCAACAACAACAGGAACAGGAGAAACGGGUCCCGGAAUGGAGCUUGAAGGUCACGCAACUCACGAUGGCAUCGACGUCAUCCACAUACGACCGGGUAUGGGAACGGAUUUCUCCGCAUUUCAUUGCGGAGCCACUGCAGGCAAUUGAGAAGAGCAUCCGGGACGCCAUUGAGGUGGAAACACAGUGGCGUCGUGGUCAGCAGCUGCUAAACAUUGAACUGGGGGUGUUGCAACAGCGCCUCGGUGACGAUCUUGAAAAGUGGGGGGAUGCUCUGCAACACAUUCGCGAGAUGGCCAGCAGGCUGAUGGAUUAUACACAACCAAGCACUCUUGUCGGUGGUAUCGUUAUUGUUGCGGAUGAUGCACAGAAGGAACUUGGCCGGAAGCUGGACAACAUGACGCAAUACAUCCACUCACGGUACCGCGAUGUGGUGGAGAAACAUCUUGAUUCUUGUUAUCAUCAUGUCAUGGAGGUUCGAACGGCAGCAGAAAAUUGCAAUGUUAUAAACGACCUUGAAGACGCAGCUCGAUUUCUCUGCGAGCUACCGGAUAUUAAAGCAGACAUGCAAGCGACCGAACGACAACUUGUUUCCCUUGCGACAGCUGAAGAAUACUUGAGGCGACAGGGUUUUUCACUGCCGGAUUCAUGGAUUUAUGUACGGAAGGUCAAGACGGAGUAUCGUGCCUACCACGAUCUUAUUGAACGAAAGGUAAAAGCCCUGGAGUUUCGUCGCCCGUUUCUGCGUGAGGGUGUGAAGUCCCAGGAGGAAACUCUUUUCCGCCAAAUAGAUGAACUAGAAGAAUCCCUCCAUACGAUUGCCAUACAGGUGCAACAUCACGAGCAGGCGCAAUUAGAAGAGGUUUCAGACUCCGCACAGCGGCGAUUUAGGGAUAUGGAGGAAAGGGCCACACGACUGAAGGAACAAAGGAAGCAACUCAUCGCGCUGCAAGAUGCGCUUGGAGUCCCUAUUCUUGUGGAGAUAAAGUUGGAGACAAUCAUGUCAAGCAUGGAAGAGCUGCAGUGGGUCUGUGGCCACAUUGCACGAGCUUAUCAAAGACUAAAUGCGAUUGCACGAACGCCAUUCUUUGAAAUGGUCCCACGGCAAUUACACGACGAGAUACUCGCGAUAGAAAGUGAGGUACGAGAGUUUCCUGAAGGUGUUCGUAGCCACCAGGCGUACAAGGAUCUACAGGUCUGUAUUGAAAACCGCAUGGCUUGUCGGCAUUUGAUGCAAGAACUACGUUCUGAUGCCAUGACACCAUUGGAGCGGGCGGAGCGUCAUUGGAUGGCACUGAAGUCUCAGCUGCAUGCGCCAUGGAAACUAGAGGAGUUGACCGUUGGUGACAUUUGGCGCAGUGAUCCCAUCGAGCACGCGAAGAUCUAUCAUGAUGUGUUGCAGUUUGCCCAUGGUGAACUUCGUUUGGAGUCACAGCUUGGACAUAUUGUUGCCUUCUGGAACGAUUUUGAGUUUGACACGAUGGUCUAUCAGCAUCAGUUUGUACUCAUUCGUGGGUGGGAUGUCAUCUUUGAGCGACUUGCUGACGAUCUUGACUCUUUCCAAGGGCUCCGCUCCAGUCCCUUCUUCUCCUCGCAACAUGUCAUUGCCAUUUUGGCAGAAUGGGACAAUCGUCUUCAUUUUCUUUUGCAGUCACUGGAGGUACUGAUGGUGGUGCAACGGCGGUGGGUCCAUCUCGACAGCAUUUUUACCGGAAACGCCGACAUCCGCCGACAGUUGCCUAAUGAUGCGAUUCAGUUUGAUCGAUCGAGCCGUGAGUUUAUGAAAAUAAUGCCCGUAAAGGCCAGCACUGGUUCUGUGCCAGUGUUGACGGCGCAGGACCUCAUUCAGGAUAAAAAGCUUCUGAGUUCCUUGCAGCGACUCGAGGGGCAACUCUCACGGGUGCAGCGGGCGCUGAGUACAUAUUUGGACAUGCAGCGACGCCAAUUCCCUCGCCUCUUUUUCGUUGGAGAUGAUGACCUGCUGGAGACCCUUGGGAACAGCAGAAAGCCUACUCUCGUUGAGAAGCACUUGCCCAAGAUGUUUGCCGCCCUCGCCCGCUUUAUUGUUAGCAGUGAUGAUACUGCUGUUGGUGGUGAGGCCAAGGGGAGCGAUUCUUCAGCCGCAAUUCAAAUUGUGGGGUUUGCGAGCGCAGAUGGAGAAAAAGUGAUGAUGGUACAACCGGUGGCGUUGAAAGAUCGUGUGCUGCACGACUGGCUAGCUGAGGUGGAAGGCUCGAUGGUAACAUCUCUGUGUCAACUCACCGUGUCCGCCGUGAAUUCUUUAACAUCCGCAGGGAAGGUAACGACGGCGUGGAUAACAUCGUUUCCUUUGCAAGUCGUCUGUCUCGCCUUUCAGGUGUGGUGGGUGCGGCUGCAGGAGCAAACCCUCCUGACAUUGCAGAAACAAGAAGGAACAGGAAGAAGGGAACCUUCGAUGGCUGUAGCCCACAUGGUAUCGCUGCUUGAUUCUCUCGCGUUGGACGGCAUCACACCGGAGACAACGCCGGCAUUGCGUCAUGGAAUUGAGGAGAUUAUUACGAUUGCCGUUUAUCAGCGCGACGUCUCUCGGGUGAUUGAAUCAAAACGCAUUCUAUCUGUUGAUGAAUUUGAGUGGCUACGUGUUUUGCGGUUGUACCUAAGCGAAAAUGGAACGGAGUUACAUUGCCGAAUGGCGGACGCCUCCUUCCGUCAUGGCUUUGAGUACCUUGGAUGGUACCAGCGCCUUGUGCAGACCACCCUCACCGACCGCUGUUAUCUCACCAUGACACAGGCACUACACGCACGUCUUGGUGGAUCGCCAAUUGGCCCUGCCGGCUCUGGGAAAACAGAGACUGUGAAGGCGCUUGGCACGCAAAUUGGCCGACACGUGCUGGUGUUCAAUUGUGAUGACACCUUUGAUUUUGACGCUGUUGGCCGUAUUUUCCUCGGCCUUUGCCAAGUGGGCGCAUGGGGCUGUUUUGAUGAGUUUAACCGACUCGAGGAGCGUGUGCUGUCUGCCGUAUCACAGCAAAUCCUGACGAUCCAGGAGGCACUUCGAGCCCAGUCCAACACCGUAACGCUCGCACAGCAUACGGUACCACUGCGGGAAAGUGUGGCGUUAUUUAUCACCAUGAACCCAGGCUUUGCCGGCCGCUCAAACUUGCCGGGGAACCUGAAACAACUUUUCCGCACUAUGACUAUGGCUGCACCGGACCGUGAGACCAUCGUGGAGGUCAUGUUGUUUGCUCAGGGUUUUCGUACUGCAGAGGCGCUAUCUCGGAAAAUUGUGCCGCUCUUUCAUUUGUGUUUAGAGAAAUUAUCUCAACAGGCGCACUACGACUUUGGGCUUCGUGCUCUGAAGUCUGUUCUCGUGACGGCAGGGAAUCUCAGAAGGUCCUCGCGCGACGCCGCAGUCACGAAUUUAAAUGCACCAGUCACCGCGACGAGCCUCGAGGAGGUGGAGAGUGAAAUAGUGUUGCAGAGUCUCAUCAACAGCAUUACGCCUCGUCUUGUGACAGAGGAUUUGACCCUAUUUUACCCCUUGCUGCGGGACUUUUUUCCCGGACUCCCUCUCCCUGGUGCAGCCAUGACGAAAUUGCGUGCGGCAAUUGAAGAAGUGUGCCGCGCCACCCACUACAUUCCAACACCAGCGUGGGUUGAGAAGGUCUGUCAGCUGUACCACACACGCAAGAUGCGACACGGCCUCAUGUUGGUUGGACCAAGUGGUACGGGGAAAACGCUCUGCUGGAAGACGCUGCUGCGCGCCAUGGCGCGACUCCCUGUGGCAGGUGAUGAUGGUGAUGACGAUGAGGGUGAUGUAAGUAGUGUCAAAGAGGGUACGGACCGAAUUGGUCCACUAGAGGCGCAUGCAUACGUGAUUGAUCCCAAGGCAAUGAGCAAGGCAGAACUAUUUGGCGUAUUUGAAGCCACCACACGGGAGUGGAGGGACGGUGUUUUUACGGAGAUUCUUCGCCGUAUCGUCAACAACGAGAUGGGCGGUGACCGCUCACGUCAGCAGCAUUGGAUUGUUUUUGAUGGUGACGUCGACCCUCAUUGGGUAGAGAACCUAAACUCCCUUCUGGAUGACAAUAAAAUCUACACCCUACCCAACGGCGAGCGUCUCAGUUUACCGCCUUCUGUGCGUAUUGUGUUUGAGGUUCAAGACCUGCGCUAUGCGACGCCGGCGACGGUGUCACGCUGCGGUAUGAUUUGGUUUAAUCGCGGUACCGUCCCAAUAUCCAGUGUCCUAAGCCGUCACUUCAAUGUCUUCUGCCGUGCCCCAUUGAUUGAUAAGCACGGCAAAAAGCAAAUUGCUAGUGUCGCCUACGAUGGUGAGGAUUACAAGACGCGAUCGGGUGGAAAUUGUUUUAUGGUCCAACGCAUUGGUGUGGAUCGCGGAGAGAUGCUUGUAGACACGUUGAAGGAAACGCAGGGAAUAAAACCGGAAGAAAUAGAAAGAGAGACCGCUAGUCCCGCAAGUAAUAUCCCUGUUGCUGCGUCCAAAGAACACGUUACCCCUAGCGACCAAAGUAGCCAGAAGGAGACAUCAUUGUGGUAUUCGAGCGCUCUCACGGAUUUGGACCGGGAUUUACUGCAGCUGCAGAUAUCCAUGGCAAAUGUGUGGGCUCCUGCCUUUGCCAAAGAUGGCCUGGUGGAAAUUGCCGUCCGGCUCAUCCACAGUGAACGGUAUUGGAAGCAGGGUAUUAUGGAGCACGAUGAACUACAGAUGCUAAGUAGCGUGCAGUCCUUGUUGCUUGAUGGGGUUUCUCGCAUCUGGAGGCUGCGUGAAAAACAGGCAAAAUUGCCCACGAUGGAUAUUCUGCAAAAGUACGCGGCGAACGUGCUUCAAUACGCCGUUUUAUGGGGAUUUACGGCCUCACUAAGCCAUGAACUUCGUCGACGCUGGAUGGAAGAAUUAUCUCUUGCUGUGGGAUCAGCAUUUGGCGGGGGAUUGGCCGACGGCCUUUCAUUGCUGGAUGUUGAGCCGGACCCCAUAACCGGUGAGUGGCGUGCUUUCCGUGAACGUGUGCAGGACACUUUCAUUACGGCCGAUCAGAUGGGAGCAAACGAUGUGCUCAUUCCUACGGUUGACACGUGUCGUCAUGAGGGAAUCUUGCGUGCGUGGAUUGCCGGAGGUAACGCGGCGAUUCUUUGUGGGCCGCCUGGAUCCGGCAAGACGAUGUUAAUCGCAUCGAUUCUUCUCCAGUCCUCCGAAUAUGAUGCCGUGUUUUUAAACUUUUCAAGUGGAACAGAGCCAAAAAACAUUAUUCGUGCGUUGGAGCAGUACUGCAGUGUACAAAACACGACACGUGGCCCUGUUAUGUCUCCCACCAGUGGCAAAGUGCUUUUAUUGUUUUGUGAUGAGAUUAACCUUCCGGCGUUGGAUCAGUACGGGACUCAGUCCGUUGUGCAACUGCUGCGUCAAAUAAUUGAACGGCGCGGCUAUUACCGCAGUUGUGACAAUGCAUGGAUCACCGUUGAGGGGGUACAGGUGAUUGGCGCCUGUAAUCCACCGACUGAUGCGGGACGCGUGCCACUUUCACAUCGGUUUCUGCGACUCGCACCCGUUUUAUUUGUGGACUUCCCUACAAAAGAAAGUCUCCAUAUCAUCUAUACGUCAUACUGUCGUGCCAUCCUUGCCUUUAACACCCAGAUGCAAAGUUCGCAUGCGGAAAAGUUGGCGUCGGCAAUGGUGGAAAUGUACACGGCAACGCAGGUGCACUUCACUUCAUGGCAGCAACCGCACUAUGUCUACUCCCCACGUGACCUCUCGCGCUGGGCACGUGCUGUCCACAGUGCCUUUUUGACGUGGGAGGAGUCUGAGCGACACAAGUUGCGUGUGGAGGGACUUGUGCGUCUUUCCGUACACGAGGGAUUGCGUAUCUUUCAGGACCGGUUGGUGGAGCGUGAGGAGCGGGAUUGGACCGACUCCACCAUUGACCGCGCCUUCACCACACAUUUCCCUGAAAUUACUUUGGCGUCAGUUUAUCCACCUUCUCUUCAGCGGCCCGUGUUGUACUCUACAAUAUUGCGGCCCUCGUACACGGAGAACGCACGGGACGAGUUGCGUGCACACAUCGAACAGAAACUGGAUGCGUUCUGUGAGGAGGAAGUGGACACCGCACUUGUUGUCUACGAUGCAAUGAUUGAUCAUGUCACACGCAUCAAUCGUGUCCUGCAGCAGCCGUUGGGCCACAUGUUGAUUGCGGGAUCUUCUGGUGUGGGGAAAACAAUCAUUGCCCGGCUUGUUGCGUGGAUGAACGGCAUGACGGCGGUUCGUCUUGGUGUUCACCGCAAUUAUCAACUGGACGACUAUGAACGGGACCUGCGCGACAUACUGCGACGUGUCGGAUGUAAACUGGAGCGCAUAUGCUUUAUUUUCGACGACAGCAACAUCAUGGAGGCGAGUUUCUUAGAGUACAUGAAUGCCCUCCUGGCGUCGGGUGAGGUUCCCGGCCUGUUUGACGGCGAAGAAUGGGGGAAACUUAUGGAGGAAAUACGCGAGAGCGUUGUAGCGCAGCAGUGCCUCAAGGCAAGCAACAAGCCGCAGAAGUUGCCACAGGAGGAAGACGACGAUGACUCACAAGGACGACACCAACAACAACCACAACAACAAAAACAAAAACAAACGUCGAUGUUGCCCUCAUCCCACAGCAAAUCAGAGGAUGCAGCCAGUAGUCAUGGCAUCUCGGCCCCGCAACGGGAGGCGCUUGAUACGAUGGACUCUGCCGUUUAUGUUGACACCAAAUCCGAGCAAGAGUUAUAUCGCUGGUUUCUGAGUAAUGUGAAACGCAAUCUCCACGUCAUCUUUACGAUUGACCCCUCCUCCGGGGAAUUUGUGAGUCGUGCCGUGUCGAGUCCGGCUCUCUUUAACCGUUGCACCAUAGACUGGUUUGGGGACUGGGACCGUGACACACGCCAUCAGGUAACACGUCAGCUCACAAAACCGAUUGAUAUCAUGUUCUCCUGUGAGAAGACGUUUCAGAAACGCGAGGAAGAGGCACGCGAUGCACUGGCCGAUGCCAUCUGCGGCAUACAUGAGAUUACGGAUGAGGUGAACCGCGUGGUGCGACUGCAGAAUGCGCAUCAAGGGACAUUUAUAACGCCGCGUCACUUUUCCGACUGUGUGCAGCAGUUACAGCUCCUGUACGAGGAGAAGCGGGGUGGAUCGAAGGAGCAGGUUCUACACUUGCGCACUGGUCUUGCCAAGCUGGAUGCGGCGUCGGAGGAGGUUGAACAGCAGCGAGCCAAACUCCGCGAGCAUGAGGCCGUGCUAGCAACGAAUAGUAAAAAGGCGCAGACGAUGCUGGAUUGCAUUGUCACGGACACGGAAACAACAAAGCAGGAGAAGCAGGCGGCUGAACGUCUUCGUCAGCAACUGGCAGAAGAGGAAGAGAUGAUAGUCACCGACAAGGCGCGGGUUCACAGCAGUUG